GUACACUUAAAACACGCUGAAGAGCUUACAAUUUAUACCGAGAAGAAGAAGAGACCGUUGCCUAGAGAGGAGCCUUCCUAUAGCCUGCAUAAUGCCUUUCUCAUAGAGCUGGUGCGAGGUGGAGCGGUUUGCAGAAAAGAUAGAGAUGUUGAGAGGAGGAAGUCGAACGAGAUGGCUGAUCAGAAAUCAGCAAUCGAGGAGUCCAGUUUGACUUUG